AUGGAGGGGGCCUUUACCCUUGCUAGGCCUAGGCUGGAUUGGGACACUAUGGUAGGAGUGCUCCGGCUGGUUUGGCUGGGUAUGCUCAGGUUCCCGGGUAAGGCUACGUUGGGAGCCCUGGGCUUAGUUCUUCUCCCAGUUACGCUUCAGGAUGCGGUAGUCAUGCUCCAGCUCAACAUUCUUGGAAUGAAGAUGGUCAUACCUCUCGGACAUCUUAGUGACACUGGCAUGGAGGAGCUCCACCUCGGCCUGGAGAUUAACCUCUGCCGAAUGUCUCCUCUGGGAGUAAGCAUAGCUAAGUAUGGAGUGAAGAAGAGGCGACAGGGCCGGAUAGGAGAAGGAGCCAGCUGGGCUGGUAGAGAAAAAUGGGAUUCAAGGAAAGGGUCUGGACCUUCAAUAAAGGCUAGCCUGCAGAAGACAAAAAUAGGGGAAGCAGUCGUUAAGCUUCGGACACCGAUGUGGUGCCGGCCGAAGGCUCUCCGAUGCUUAAGUCAGCUAAGAAGGGUAACUUUUGCAGAGGAAGUGAAAGUGAGAGGUUUGUGUAGAUUUCCGAUGUGGGACUUUGUGCAAGUCGCUGUGGUGGUGACACGUGUCAUGGAGAUUAGGUUUAGCAAUUUGGACCUUCAGCAGUCGGGAGUUUCGACAGGUGCUCGGUACCUCGGAAUAUUGAAAUGGACAGAGGAUAUGCUCGGUUGA